AUGGCUGCUACCGGGUCAUUCCGUGUGGUGUCGGAGGAGGAGCAGGCCAUGAGAUCCAAGCUGGAGCACUUGACAGUGAAGGAUCACGGGCCCGUGUUUGGUCCAUGUCACAAAAUGCCAGGCCACACUGCACAAAAGGCUAAAGACGAGCUGAAUGAGACUGAGGAGAGGAGGGUGCUGUCCCUCAAGGACCUGCGGGCCGUGAUGAAGGAUAGGGCAGCCGAGGGGGACGACCUAGCCAAGCUGGUGCUGGAGCGUUUCGGAGACAAGCCCGACUCUCUUCUCCUUCGUUUCCUCCGUGCCCGCAAGUUUGAUGUUGUCAGAGCUCACGAACUCAUGAAGGGUUACGUACGCUUCAGAAAGGAGUACCCAGAGUUGUUUGAGAACCUGACACCCGAAGCGGUUCGCAGCACCAUCGAGGCAGGAUACCCUGUGGUUCUGCCCAGCAGGGACAGGUACGGCCAUGUAGUCCUGCUCUUCAACAUUGAGAACUGGGAUCUGGAGGAGAUCACCUUUGAUGAGAUUUUAAGAGCAUACUGUGUGAUUUUGGAGAAGUUGCUUGAGAACGAAGAGACCCAGAUCAAUGGCUUCGUCCUGAUCGAGAAUUUUAAGGGCUUCACUAUGCAACACGCUUCAGGAAUUAAGCCGGCUGAGCUCAAGAAGAUGGUGGACAUGCUGCAGGAUUCGUUCCCUGCUCGCUUCAAGGCGGUCCACGUCACCCACCAGCCCUGGUACUUCACCACGACAUACAAUGUGGUGAAGCCUUUCAUGAAGAGCAAGCUGCUGGAAAGGGUGUUUGUUCACGGGGACGAGCUGGACAACUACUUGAAAGAAUUUGACGCCGACAUCCUUCCUGUAGAUUUUGACGGGAAAGCUUGUGUGGCAGAUUGCCAGGCCAUCGCUACAAGGCUCUUUGGCUCCGAGGACACGGCUCUUUGA